AUGCAUUUAUCAAUUGUUCCUUCAUGUGUUAAUGAACCAGAGGAUUUCGUACAAUCCACGCCGAUCCUUGUGACAAAAUCUGUUGAUAAUAAUGCAACAACGAAGAUUCUAGUUCUAAGGAUGAAUUCUGGCCUCAAGAAAGAUAUAAGGAAAUGGUGGAAGAAGAAUUGCAUCAUACAAUUUCCAGACGAAUAUGCAGAGAAGUUGACCGAAAUCAUCGAUUACGAAUAG